AAAAGUCUUCUGAAAAUGUCACCAUCAUGUGGAUUGAAGAAGAGCAGAUCUCCACCAUGGAUGAAAUGCUCCCUCCGUCAGUGCGUCCAGUGACUGGAAUCAGCAGUACACACCAAGUUCUGUCUUUUGCUCCAGGAAAGAUAUUGUACAGAGAUCUUAGUUGUUUCUGCCAGUAUCCAGUGAUGUGCACCUGUCACAAGCUGCACCAACUUGAGUUUGACCAUGUUUUCCCUGAUGAGGUGCCAGGUGACAAGACAAGUGAUGAUGGUGGCCCAUCAGCUGAAGUGCCCUCUGUCCAACCUAGCUGGCCCACUACAGAUUCCCGAGCCCAUGAUGGUGGCUCUGCUACGGAGGUGCCUUCUUCUCCAUCCAGCUUGCCCACUAGAGAGCCCCAAGCCCAUUCUUCUACUCAGGUGCUGUUUGCAUGUGCCCAAUCAAGUGCAUCAAUUGGAGAGGCCCAAGCUGAGGAUUCAGACACCAUUUCCAAUGAAGGAUACACGGAAGGACAGUUUGUCUUAAUUAAGUAUGAGGGAAAACCAAAUGUGGGACAAAUUGUUGCCAUAAGUAUGGAGGGGCUGCAGGUGAACUGCAUAAUACAUCGUGGAGACAAAAAUAGUUUUGUCUGGCCAAAUAGGCGAGACUGCAUUUAUUAUCAAGAUCAGGAAAUUGUUUGUGGCUUAUCACAACCUCAGCAAGGCAGUCGGUUUGCUACUCUCUCCAAAUUUGACUGGCUUAUGUACAAUGGAGUCUAGAUGAACUGAUUUAUUUGUGGAUCCACUCAGCUACGCUGUAUGUUCACGGUUCAUAUGAUAUAAAAAAAUAGUUUGUUUUACUUAUAUUAAUACAUAUUGCAGACCAGUUUUGAAUUGAAAUGAAAUUUGAUACACAAACAUAUGUUCAUAUGGUUCAUACAAUAUUAAAAAAAAUUGUUUUAUUGUUAAAUAUCAAAUAAAUCAAUACAAUUUGAAUAUUACCUUCCAGCAUUUGAGUGGUUAAAUAUUUCCUGCCAUAUGAGUGAUCAGUACUCACCAAUAAGUAGGAUAAUACAUGGUUUGCAUUGACACAUGGCGACAUUAUCAUAUGGUGUGACACUAUAUAAUUUGGUGUGACAUUCCAAAUUGUGAAAAUAACAUACCUUUAUUAAUGAUAAAACCUGAAAAUAUUCAUGUAAUACAUAGAAAAUAGUAUCAGCAAGAGUCACAAAUAUUUUUAU